CGCUUCGAUACUCAGAAUGCCACUGUCCACAAUCUACUUCUUGAGCUCGCCUGUCUGGAGGAUCACUGCUUCUGGUGUUUAGCCUGUAAUGCCCAAUGUGUAGGAACGGUUGCGGUGGCAACAGGCUUCGGGCAAUACCCACUUUUGACAAGUGUCAAGCGCCCAACCAGCACCGUUUUCAACCUCGUAGCGGCAAUCGAAUGCAGGAGACCCAGUCUUUCGGAACGGAUUCAACAGAUUUUGGCACUUUUCCCUUUUCUUACGGACGAUAGCGCCUUGCCUGCAGAGCAUACAGUCUCGUCUUGCUAA